GCUCCCUCUGAUGACCGCGUGCCCUCGACGCUUUCCGCUCCUCAUAGCCUGCCGCAGGCCGGGUGAUCGCCCUCUGCACGCGCCAUCAGCAUCACCCACUUGUGUUGCCGACCCAGUUUGAGGGUGCUAUCGAGGAAUCGAUUCCGCCUCUUAUCUCGCCGACAGAGCCGCUCAGCCAACGAGAAGGCCUCGAUUGGGAGUCAUGCGGAGGAAACUGUUCAAGCCUCACCAGACGCCGUACUCUUCUCCUCCUCCCAUCUCGCCUGAGGACAUGACUCUUGCUAAGGACGUCCCGGUUACGCUCGCGGUCAUCGGCUGCGGCCAGCGUGGCAACGCCUACUCCGCGUAUGCUCUGGCUUCUCCUGGCCGCGCCAAGGUGGUCGCUUGCGCAGAGCCCCGCCCCAAGACGCGCGCUGAAUUCUCUGCUCGCCACGCGAUAGACGCGACGCUGGUGUUCGACUCUUGGCAAGCCUUACGUCGCGCCUCGGAAGAGACGCUUCGCACCGUGGGCAAGCGCCUCGCGGACGCCGUGCUGGUCACCGUCCAGGACCACAUGCAUGAGAAGGUGGUACGCGCAUUUGCGGCGCUCGGCUACAAUAUUCUGUGCGAGAAGCCGAUGGCCACGACGGUCGGAGACUGCUUGCGGAUGGAGGAUGCGGUGGCGCGGCAGAAUAUCAUCUUUGGGAUGGGACAUGUCAUGCGCUAUUCUCCGUACAGUCAAGAAAUCACCAAGAUCGUUCGCUCGGGAGAGCUUGGUCGGCUAGUCAAUAUCGUGCAAGUCGAGCCGGUGGGCUACUUCCACUUCGCACACAGCUAUGUGCGCGGGAACUGGGGUCGCGAGGCAGAAUGCGCCUUCGCGCUCUUGACGAAGUGCUGCCACGACAUUGACAUUCUGUGCCACUGGAUGGCUCCGGCAAAGCCUGUUCGCGUGUCGUCCUUCGGCUCGCUAUACCACUUCAGGAGGGAACAGAAGCCACCUGCGGCGGGCGACGCUACGAAGUGCCUCAGCUGCCCUGCUGAGAAGGACUGCGCCUAUAGCGCUAAGAAGAUUUACUACGAUGCCAUCAAGCGCGGCCACACAGCUUGGCCUGUAGAGGUCUUGACAGAUGGCACGCCAACGGUCGAAGGCGUCAAGGAGACGCUUGACAACACGUCAUACGGCAGCUGCGUAUACGAGCUGCCCAACGACGUCUGCGACAACCAGGUCGUGAAUAUCAUGUUCGACAACGACACGACCGUGUCGUUCACCAUGGUAGCCUUUACGGAGGCAAUUUGCGACCGCCAGCUCCGCAUGCACUUCACGCACGGAGAGAUCAUCGGGGACAUGACCAAGUUCACCGUCACCGAUUUCCGCAAGACCGAAAAGCGCACACGGUCUGUCCAUCCCAAGUCCGAAGGCGGAGGCCAUGGCGGCGGCGACACCGGCCUCGCGCGCACUUUCGUCGAGGCCGUGCGCACAGGCGAUCAGCGCGUCCUGGGCACCGACAUCAAGGAGGUGACGAAGAGUCACGUUACCGUGUUCGCUGCCGAGCAGAGUCGGCUUAUGGGCGGUCAAGUGGUCCUGGUGGAGGAAUUUGAGAAAAAGGCGAGGGAGGAGGCGCUGAAGUCGGGGAAAAUUGAGGAUGUGUUUUCUACGGAAGGGAAGGAGGAGGGUAUACCCCGCCAUGGUAUGGCGAAGGUGCACGUUGAGGUGACUGUGUAGACUAGUUUUUCUUGCUCCAUAUAUGGAUUUUAUUGUAUGUUGUAUACCAUGAGUGCCGUUCAUCUUGGAAUCGGAACCCUCUUACACAAAGGCUUCGUAUCGUGUACGGCACAGGCAGCG